UGCCCAGGUAACAGUUGGGGUGUUGAUUGCGGAAAUCAGUGCAAUUGCCGGCAAGGGUCUAUCUGUGACCACGUGUCAGGUGUGUGCAAGUGCAUGGCAGGAUGGAAGGGCGCACAAUGUGACCAGCCAUGUGAUCCACCUACAUUCGGAGAGAAUUGUAGUCAAAGAUGCACGUGCGAGAAUGGGGCAACAUGUGACGUUGGUACUGGUCAGUGUAGGUGCCCACCCGGAGUUUACGGACGAAAUUGUGAAUUGUUGUGUCCACCUGGUUUCUACGGCGUUGGAUGUACAAGCAGAUGUGGCUGUCUAAAUAAUGGACUAUGUGACCACGUGGACGGGACAUGCACGUGUCCGGCUGGAUACAUCGGUGGAAAGUGUGAACGUACAUGCCCAAGUGGAUUUUAUAGCAUAGGAUGUACGAGCGUGUGUAACUGUCACGCAAACUCAACGUGCAAUCAUAUCGAUGGAUCGUGCAAAUGCGCAGCAGGGUACACUGGUCCGACUUGCCACGAAACAUGUUCUCCUGGUACGUGGGGUGUUGAUUGUCUGCACAUUUGCAGGUGUCAAAAUGGCGGUAAAUGUGACAUGUUAACAGGUGAAUGUACGUGUUCACCUGGUUGGCAAGGAAGACGAUGUAACAAGAUGUGUGAAUGGUCUAAAUACGGACAAGAUUGUACUUUAACUUGCGCUUGUCAGAACGAUGCUGGCUGCAGUAAUGUAGACGGGACAUGUUUUUGCACACCGGGUUGGGUCGGUGAUCAGUGCGAGCGAAAAUGUAAUCGAGGUUGGUACGGGCUAGGAUGUAGAAAGAGAUGCGAUUGCCCGUUGUCUGGACAAUGUGACCACAUAAAUGGUACGUGUUUCUGCCCGAUUGGAUUUCAAGGAAGCGCUUGUAAUGAAACUUGUUCAAAGGGAUUUUUUGGGCUUGGAUGUCAAAGGGAAUGUCACUGCGCUAACGAAGCUAGAUGCGACCCGGUAAAAGGAAACUGUAUAUGCAGAGCAGGGUGGAAAGGCAGGUACUGUGAACUGCCAUGUGAUGAAGGCUUUUAUGGACUAGGAUGCAAUAACUCCUGUCCUUGUGAAAAUAGCGCAAGCUGUGACCAUAUAUCUGGUUCUUGUCUCUGUCUCAGAGGUUGGUCAGGAGACAGAUGUCAAAAUAAAUGCCCAUCCGGCACAUUCGGGCUUCAUUGUGCAAGUACUUGUCAAUGCCAUAAUGGUGCUAAGUGCCAUCAUAUUACUGGUAAAUGCACUUGCACAGAGGGAUGGGAAGGGACGCGAUGUGAGCGACGUUGUGCUGCUGGAUUUUAUGGUCAAGGCUGCAUGAAGAGAUGCCAGUGUAGAAAUGGGGCUGAAUGUAAUAAUGUCAAUGGUUCAUGCACGUGUCAGGCGGGUUGGCAAGGCGAGCUGUGUUCACGUGAAUGUGAUGUAGGAUAUUACGGUUUAGGUUGUACUGUAAUGUGUCAAUGUAAGAACGGGGCUCGAUGUGAUCCAGUAACAGGAAGCUGUAGGUGCCAGCCUGGUUGGCUGGGGACCACCUGCGGGCAAGCUUGUUCGCAGGGAAAAUACGGAGAUCAAUGCCUAAACACAUGCAAGUGUCUGAAUAACGCGCGUUGUAACGCAGUGACCGGCGCUUGCUCUUGUUCUGCUGGUUGGAAGGGAACCAAUUGCAAUAUGCCGUGCGCUAGUACAGAAUAUGGCCCUGAUUGUGCAUUAAGGUGUCAGUGUAAAAAUGGAGCAACUUGCGAUAGAUUUGACGGUUCUUGUAAAUGUACUAUUGGAUGGGAUGGAAAAUACUGCCACGAACCUUGCGCAAACAACACAUAUGGCGAAGGAUGCAGACUAAAAUGUAUGUGCAAGAACAAUGCUUCGUGCCAUCAUAAGACAGGUGAAUGCACGUGUAAAGCUGGAUGGAUGGGCCUGCACUGCUCCUUCACCUGCAUUCAAGGAUUGUAUGGACCAGGAUGUCAUCAGCGUUGCCAAUGUCCACGAGGUCUUCUGUGUUCACCAAUCGACGGCUCAUGUAUCUGUGAGCCUGGCUGGACUGGCAGACUCUGUGACACGCCUUGUCGAGAAGGAACUUUUGGACAAGCAUGUGCUCUGACAUGUCAUCCAUGUUCUAAUGGGGCUAGGUGUGAUCACGUGAACGGAAAUUGCCUAUGUUCCCCGGGAUGGACUGGUAUGGCAUGCUUGACGAAGUGCCCGGAAGGAUUAUACGGCCCAUACUGCAGAAACGAAUGUAACUGUCAGAACGGAGCACUUUGCGACCCAGUAUAUGGAACAUGCAUUUGUCCUCCGGGAUGGAUGGGAAGCUCGUGCUCUGAUCCGUGUCCUGCUGCUACAUACGGCCUUAAUUGUAAACACAUUUGUCGGUGUGAAAAUCUCGGUGUAUGUAACAGUGUUGAUGGAUCGUGUACUUGCCCAGACGGGUGGACAGGUGAACGAUGUCACCUGGAGUGUCCACCUGGGAAGUUUGGAGCUAAUUGUGAACAAUCUUGCCAGUGCCAGAAUAAUUCAACGUGUGACAGAUUUAGCGGAGAGUGUAUGUGUGCGCCGGGUUGGCAGGGCCCUGCGUGCUUGGUAACAUGUCCUCCUGGAUUCUGGGGACCCCAGUGUACAGAAACGUGUAACUGUCAAAAUAAUGGAACUUGCGAUCCUGCUAUUGGGUGUCAGUGCGCACCUGGAUGGAAAGGAGUCUAUUGCACAAUGCCGUGCGACUACGGCACGUAUGGAGGUAAGUGCAGGUCUAACUGCCUGUGCGAGAACGACGGGAUCUGUAACCACAUUACUGGUUGCAUCUGCAAGCAAGGGUGGAGGGGUAAAAGAUGUUCAAGGCCUUGCCCCUCUGGAUAUUAUGGACAUAACUGCACCGACAAGUGUUCCUGCAGCAGCAAUGGCAUCUGCCACCAUGUCCAUGGAUGUGUCUGUUCCCCUGGAUUUACUGGCGAUAAUUGUGAGAACAGCUGUGCAGACGGUUGGUAUGGAGACAACUGCUCGAAAUUGUGUGAGUGUCAGAAUGGUGGAACAUGUGAUUCCACUCGUGGAUGUAUGUGCCGUGCUGGGUGGACGGGAGAGCAGUGCAACCAGAUGUGCCCACUCGGCACAUUUGGUGAAAAUUGCAGCAGACAAUGUGAGUGCCAGAAUGGCGCGGACUGUGAUCCUGUGUGGGGCUGCGUUUGUGCUCCUGGAUGGCGUGGUGCGCGUUGUACGCGACCAUGUAUGAGUGGUACUUAUGGGUCGCAAUGUAAGAAGAAUUGUGAGUGUCACAAUGGGGCUACGUGUAGCCCUCAGAUUGGUUGUGUCUGCAUAAGUGGUUGGCAGGGUGAGUUUUGCAACGUCACUUGCCCAACUGGAUAUUACGGAAGUGGGUGUCAACUAAAAUGUUCAGAAAAGUGCCCGAAUGGACACACAUGCAACUCGUUUAGUGGAAUAUGUGAGUGCCCAGUCGGGUACAAGGGGCCCAGUUGUCUACAUCGAUGUGAUCCUGGUUUCUACGGAGCUGGGUGCCAAAGAAUCUGCAACUGUCCCGAUGAAUUAGUAUGCGAAUCUGUCACUGGUAUUUGUAUUGAAUGGGCAUUAUACACAACACCGUUUUUCAACGACAGCACUUCUAGUGGUCCGACGCUGGUGCGAUAUGUCCCGAAUGAAAUCCCCGAUCCCCCGGCUAACAGGAAGGGUACGCAUGUACUAGCGUCGCCUAUACUGAUGUAUAUUAUCAUCGGAGGAGCUGCAGUUGUAUCACUCAUCUUCAUCGUCAUCGUUAUCUUUGUUUUACAAAACUUCAAAUGCGGCGCAUACGGGUCGUACAGUUGAUCAACAAAAUACAGACAACCGUAACAGCGUCUAUUUCCACAACGAUAAAGUGGACUUCGUCGUCACCAAAACUUAUAAACCUGUCAAGUUGACAGGUCUUGAUGAGGUACAGGACAGACUAAAACCAAAG